UCAUACGCAGUGGCGAAGCUGAGAAUCCGAGAGCGCUCCCAUCACAGUGGGAAGAAGAAAAAUCUCUCACCCGCAUACACGUUUUACAGUUUCUCCCUUCCAGCGGAGCAACGUGACCAAAACACACCAAGAAGGCGGCGGAGCCAAAGAGAAGGACAGGACAGAAGUAUCCGGCCAUGUCUGGCUCGUCGGGACAGAAAAGGGGAGCGGCAGCACGGCUGCGCAAGUGUGCCUUCUGCAGAACCAACCGGGACAAGGAGUGUGGGCAGCUGCUGGUGUCCGACAACCAGAAGGUGGCCGCCCACCACAAGUGCAUGCUUUUCUCCUCCGCGUUGGUGACGUCUCACUCGGACAGUGAGAACAUUGGGGGCUUCUCCAUUGAGGAUGUGAGGAAGGAGAUCAAGAGAGGAAACAAACUGAUGUGCUCAUCCUGCCACCGACCUGGAGCCACUAUCGGCUGCGAUGUGAAGACCUGCCGGAGAACGUAUCACUACUACUGUGCCCUUUGGGACAAGGCCCAAAUCAAGGAGAACCCGUCCCAGGGCAUCUACCUUGUGUACUGCCGCAAACACCGAGACGCCACACAAGACUCCAGUGAAGAUGAACUUGGGGGCGUGGCCAACGACUCAGACUCAUCCCCUCCCCGGGGCAGGGGGCGGGGUCGGCUGGAUAAGGGGCGAAUCAAAGCCAGCUCCCGAGGUCAAUCAGAUGACACCCGCUCAACCUCCUCACAUGGCGCUGAUGACUUGGAGAGCACUUCGCAUCGGGAUCGCUCCCCUCUGAGGGGCAGCCCCAGUGAUUCGGGCCUCCGCUGUGGCUUCUGUCAUGCCGGGGACGAGGAGAACGAGACCCGCGGCGUGCUGCACAUCGACAACGGCAAGAAGGUGGCAGCGCACUACAAGUGCAUGCUCUUCUCCUCCGGGACAGUCCAGCUCACCACCACCUCACGGGCGGAAUUUGGGAAUUUUGAGAUCAAAACGGUCAUCCAGGAGAUCAAGAGGGGAAAGAGAAUGAAAUGCACACUGUGUGCCCAGCUGGGAGCGACCAUUGGGUGUGAAAUUAAGGCCUGCGUGAAGACCUAUCACUACCACUGUGGCCUUCAGGACAAGGCCAAGUACAUUGAGAACAUGGCUAGGGGCAUCUACAAGCUGUACUGUAAGAACCACAGCGGGAACGAGGAGCGAGAUGAGGAGGACGAGGAGAGGGAGAGCCGCAGUCGAGAAAGGGCCGGCCUCGAUCACAGGGGCACCCUCUCUCUGCCGCCGCCUCAGGUCAAUGGCAACUAGGUGGAGGCUUGAGAUACUCAAAAGGAAACGGUGCCAUUGGGGAUCAAAGAUGGGGGGAAAAAAAAAAA